GGUAGAGGCUUUCCGUGACGCAGCAUCUGCUAUGGAGCAAGAGAAAGAGAUCCUGCUGGAAAUGAUCCACAACAUACAGAACAGCCAGGAUAUGAGGCACAUUAGUGAAGGCGAGAGAGAAGAACUUAAUUUGACUGCUAAUCGUCUGAUGGGCCGAACCCUCACUGUGGAGGUUUCCGUCGAAACCAUCCGCAACGCCCAGCAACUGCCCGCCACCAAGAUGAUCGAUGAGAUUGUCAAUAAACUUCUAGACGAUUUGGAAGACGCCAAGAUCCGCUUAAUGUCGCUUUACGGUGCGUGCACGUCUGACGUGCCGGCGGGACCCAUCGAUCAGAAAUUUCAGUCUGUGGUCAUCGGGUGCGCCAUCGAGGAUCAGAAGAAAAUCAAAAGGAGGCUAGAGACUCUGCUCAGAAACCUAGAGAAUUCUGAAAAGUCCAUCACAUUGCUGGAGCAUCAGAAAUCAGCCGUACGACAGCCUUGCAACAACAAACAGGAUUGAACCGUCCUCCUGGCUACUUGUGGCAAAUGGCAGGAUGAGGAAAUCUCCGUAAAAAGCACACAGAAGCUAAGAAGAAAAAAGUUUUCUGCCUGAGCACGCGGGUAUAUACGCAUGCGCGCGCACCAAGGCACCUCCCACUGCGAGGUGUGAGCUUUUAACGGGGUUCGGUAGCACUGGCGUUUUCUUUUGGCAAUAAGGAAUGCUGUCAGGAGUUCUCCUGUAGAGGCGAUGUCGCUCUGUCGCAAACUGUAAUUGUGCUUCUGCU